AUGCUGAAAGGAGGUGGCGGAACAGCGACAGCCAGUCAUCUGCUUGCGAACACGCUGAGAGAGCAGGACUUCACCCAGGUCACCUUCCUGGGGGUGACGAAGGAGGUGGAAGUCUGCACCCAGGCCCAGAAGGUGCACAAGGCAGCUGGACUCAGCUUCGAGUGUCUCCAGCAGCGUCAUUUUGAGCAGCCAAAGGUGGUGGAAACAUAUCCUUACGAAGCCCUCUCGCAUGCGAUCGUGGCGUGGCUGCGGGAGCACGCGGAUCUGUGCGAGGUGAUCCACGGGCACGAGUGGGGCGGCGUGCUGGUGGACGCUGCCACGCUCAGCUACUUCCGGCGGCUGCCCCCCGGCACGCGCACAGUCAUCGUACCACAUGGCGGCCACAUGUGGUCCCUGCAGUGGCGCCCCCAACGAUCCCUCUCCGUGGAGCCCCUGCGGAUCGACCACCAGGAGCGCAUGGCAAUCCUGAUGGCCGACACGCUGGCGAGCCCCACGCAGCACAUGCGCGCGUACCUGAACGCGCGCGGCUGGACGCUGCCGGACGACACUAAGAUCAUCCCCAAUGUGAUGCCGGCCUUGGGGUCCCCGCAGCUGCAGGGGGUGGCCCCGGGGGAGGCAAUGCAGCUGCAGACGGGCGCGGUCAAGCGCGUGUGGCGGGUGGCAUUCUUCUCGCGCAUGGAGGAGCGAAAGGGGAUUAAAGUGUUUGUGGAUGCCCUGAAUAUGCUCAACGCCGCCUCGCUCAAACAGAGCCAGGAGGUGAAUUCGAAGCUUUGGAGGGAGCAAGCGGCCACAGCGCAGGCAAGCUCGGCAGGCGGCGCCGGAGUAGAGCGGAGCACAAACGGCACCGGGCGGCGCCUGACGGCCCUGCGCGGCCAGCAGGAAGAGUUUGAGGUGUACUUCCUGGGCGCUGACACGAGUGUGCAGUACCAGCCGAGCAGCGUGUGGCUGGCGGACCAGUCGCGCGGCUGGCCCUGGAAGACGCACCUGCUCAUGAACGCCCCCCGCUCCGAGGCGCUGCAAGUGCUGGCCCAACCGGGCAUGCUCGUCGUCUUCUGCUCCCUUGUCGAGAACCUGCCCUACGUCAUCGCCGAGGCGCGCCCCUUUCAAGCACCCCUCUGCGCGGCCGCCUCACCCCUUGAAUCCUAG